ACGUUGCGGCCAUGCGGUGGACGACGGUGACGAGGCGGGAGAGGCUGAAGAAGGAUCUUCUUAACAGUGAAUACCCUCCCGUGCUCUCUCAGCGUUUCAACGAAAGGUGAUACAGCAAGGAUUCCUCGAUACCCGGCUGUCAGCCAUCAGCGCUCAAACUCGCCGUCUCAAACUCAUUUCUGCAAGAGGCAUGGAGCAACCGAAGAAGAGAAUCACUGCCAUGUGCACAGCUUACGGCGUCGACGGGGCUGUUAGGGGCGGGAUGAUUGGACUUAUGUGGGGGCUAUUUCAGGGAACAUACUAUGGUUGGCAAGACCAGCUGCGCGGUAGAUUGUUGGGGAUGCAUGUUGCAAGAAACUUAGCGGCCAACACCGUCGGAUUUGCUGCAUUUCUGGGAAUCUAUCAGAUUGCGCAUUGCUCUAUGGAGAAUUCCCGCAAGAGGAGCGACUGGAAGAACGCAGCAGCAGCAGGGCUCGUCACGGGAGGGGUCAUGGGCCUGCCCUUGGCUGUGAGAACUGGGGAGCCUCGGUGGGCCUUGUUUGCAGCUGGAUUUACAGCAGCGUUGACGGGCUCUCUCGAUCUCGCAAGACCGAGAUGACCAGAGGAACGCAGGGUCCAUUUCCCUUGCUGCCUGCCGAGCUCCAGGGUCCAUUUCCCUUGCUGCCUGCCGAGCUCCAGGGUCCAUUUCCCUUGCUGCCUGCCGAGCUCCAGGGUCCAUUUCCCUUGCUGCCUGCCGAGCUCCAAGUCUUAUUUUUUCCAUUCCUUUCCUCGUAUUUUUCAGUGAAACCGUAGAGGAUAC